AGGUGCGCAGAGGCAGAGCCCGGGCUGCCAGAGCAAUGCGCUGCACAGCUAGCGUUGUGCCGCACAUGGUGGCGUGCUUAAAUAUAUUCCCGUCUCCCUGCACGUCACAGUGGCAGAUCGAUCGCACAACGGCACAAGGCACACGUAGCAGAGAGAGGCACAUGCCGGAAGGGGCGGAUCGUCGGUUCCUUCUACUGCUGCAAUGCAGCUGCAAGAUCGCGCAGCGGUGCUAGAAGCUGCUGACUAACAGCUCCUCUGCCCCGGCGCUGCAGAUCGAUGGGGAAGGCGGGCAGGUGGCUCCGAAGCUUGCUGCCGGGCAAGAAGGACAAGGGGAAGGAGCACAGCAGGGACAACAACAAGGCCGGGCCUGAGGAGACGCCGCAGUUCGUGCCUCGGGCGGCAGGGCAGGCGCUGACGCCGGGGUCGACGCCGGGGGCCAAGGAGAAGAGGAGAUGGAGCUUCCGGAGGCCCGCGUCGUCGGCAGCCGGCCAGCUCGCGUUCCUGGAGCCGCGUGCGGUGGACCCGGACCAGCACGCCGUCGCGGUGGCCAUCGCUACGGCCGCGGCGGCCGAGGCCGCGGUGGCUGCCAAGCAGGCUGCCGCCGCCGUGGUCCGCUACGCCGCGUCCGCGCCGGGGUCGAAGCGCACCGUCAUCGGCAUUGAGGAGGCCGCGGCGAUCAAGAUUCAGUCCGUCUUCAGAUCGUACCUGGCGAGGAAGGCGCUGUGCGCGCUGAGGGGGCUGGUGAAGCUGCAGGCCCUGGUGCGCGGCCACCUGGUGCGGAGCCAGGCCAGCAACACCCUGCGCUGCAUGCAGGCGCUCGUGGCCGCCCAGAACAGGGCGCGCACGGCUCGUCUCCGGCUCCUCGACGACGAGAAGCCGCCCAUCCGCACGCCACGCAUGACGCCCACGCGCCGCUCGCCGCACCACCCACGUUUCCGCCAACAACAGGAGACGGAGGAGAACAUCAAGAUCGUGGAGGUGGACAACGGGGUGGGCCUGGGCGACGCCCACUGCACGCCGAGGACGACGUCCCGGCGGAGCAGCUGCUACGCGACGCCGCUCUGCCGCACGCCGUCCAAGGCCGAGCUGUACCAGAAGGUGUCGCCGACACCGUCCGCGCUGACCGACGCGAGCGGGCGGUCGUACAGCGGCAGGUACGAGGACUUCUCAUUCUCCACCGCGCGGACCAGCCCGUACCACCACUACUACUACCAGGCCUCCGACGCGUCCUGCAAGCCGCAGCAGAGCAGCCACGGCUCCGGCGUGGCCUCGGACCACCCGCUCCUGUUCCCCAGCUACAUGGCCAACACGCAGUCGUCGCGCGCCAAGGCGCGGUCGCAGAGCGCGCCGAGGCAGCGCGCGUCGGUGUCGUCCGCGCCCGACGCGCCGCCGUCGUCGUGGGAGCGGCAGCCCAGCGGCAGCGGCGGCAGGCGCAGGGCGUCUCUAGAGGGGCCAUUGCGUGGGCUGGCGUCGCCCAAGGGCGGCGGCGUGCGCGUGCAGCGGUGCCAGUCGCAGGCGGCGAGCGCGUGCCCGUGGGGCGUGAGGCUGGACAUGUCCAGCGCGUCGCUCCACGACAGCGAGUGCGGCUCCACCAGCACCAUGAGAACCGCAGCCACGAGCAUGUACAGCAGCUGGUCGGUCGCCGCUAACAAUGCCGGCGUCGCCUGAUGCAUGGUACACAAGAUCUCUUUCUGAUCGAAUCAGGCAGAACAAGUGCUAGUGUGUCAACGAGUUGUACUACUACUAGCUAGUAAUAUCGGGCUACUCUAGUUUGUGUGACUCUCUCUAGCUAGUUGACAGUAGAAGAUGCUGAGCUUGAUUUCCAUGUGUGGACUGGACUUUCUUCCUAGGAUCUGAUGACAUUUUGGUUUUUCUGCGUGCCAAGAACAUGCAUUUUCGAGUGUUUUUGUACGGGGUUUCUCGCGUGAUGGCAGACAGUGUUUCGUUGUUCCGAUCUCUCGACUGUCAAGUCAUAGCCGUUGCAGACUGAAACGGAGAAGCUCCAGCCGAAACAAGUUCUGGUGUGUUUCUUUUUUCUCUGUUUAAAAAAGAGAGGCUGCCCUCCGGUUUCAU